AGUAACUUGCCGUAUUUCGCCGGAAACUUUGCACAUGUGCUUCUUCUAAGAUCAUCUAGUUAAAACAUUUCAAGAAUAGAAACACAAGAAAAUGAAACUAGAGGAAAAAAUUCAAUCCCUAACAAAGGAAGUUCUAUCUAGCCCGAAAAAAGCAAAUAAAAUACGGGACUUGAUUGAUUUGAGCGAAAAAUCAUUGAAUGACGCUAAAAAAGCAUUUACUUGUUUAAAAGCAUUUUACAGAGUGUAUUCCUCAAUUUUGAAGAGUGAACAACUGAGCUCAAAUUCAAAAUUAACAGGAGAAAAAGCUAAAAUUUAUAAAGAUUGGAUGGUAGAAAGUUUAACAAAUUGGCGAUCAAUAAUACUAAAGUAUGUUAAGUUCCCCAAUUUACAUGAACGUCUAUUUAAGAGACUGCUACUCUUAAUGGUCCUAGAAGAAAAUAAACCCCUUUAUACAACUCAAGGAUAUUUUACAAAUUCUUUUCUUAAAGAAAUUAUUUUGAGUUUGUUAGCUGUUGAUAUACCAAUGGAUACUGGUUUGCAAACUUUACAAGAAUAUUUAAAAUAUGCCGAUAUUCGUUUCCAAUGUCUAAAAUAUUUGUUUGAAUUAAUGGAGGAAGUAGCAGCAACAAUUAAAAGUCUUGACUCAGAGGGUGUUACAUUUCUAACAAAUUGCUAUACAUUACUGAAUUUAAUAACAGCUGAACAUUCGCAAAAUAAGGAAGAUAUUGAAAGUAGUUUAAAGUUUAAUUUGUCGGCUAAUACGAAAGGGAAUAUAAAUUAUCUCCAACUUGGAAAGCAUUCUUCAUUAUUAUCUAAAACUUGGCUACAGCUAUUAAAGUUUAAAUUACCUAAUGCAAUUUAUAAACAGGUUUUAGUUGAUAUUCCUGAUAAAAUUAUACCAAAAUUACCAGAGCCCUUAGGCCUUGCUGAUUUUCUUACCAAUAGUUUUAACGUUGGAGGUGUUAUUUCUCUUCUUGCACUUCAUGGUUUAUUUAUGCUGAUACAUAAACACAAUUUAAAUUAUCCAUCAUUCUUUGAAAAGGUCUACGAAUUGAUUAGGAUAGAAAUUUUAAAUGUUAAAUAUAAAUCAAGAUUCUUUUUCCUACUCAACCUUUUUCUCAGUUCAACACACUUGCCGGCCUAUGUUGUAGCAGCCUUUAUAAAAAAAUUGGCUAGACUAGCCCUAAGAGCAGAUUGUUGUGAUGGACAACUAUUGUUGAAUUUAAUUUAUGUAUUAUUAAUUAGACAUGUUUCUUGUAAAUGUUUAUUGCAUAACGAGGAUGCCAAAUCAUUUGAAACUGAUCCGUUUAAGGAUGAUGAGAAGGACUUACUAAAUUGUGGAGCCUUGAAUAGUUCUCUAUGGGAAUUGCGAACUCUAGAAUGUCAUUGGAAUCCAAAAGUAGCUCAAAUAGCCCUUCAAGCAAGAAAACCUUUACCUUCAUUGGAGCCCGACUUUCUACCUUCGUUAGACAUAGAUAGCGAAUCGGUAUUUGAUAGUGAGAAAAAGAGAAAAUACAAGGACAUUCAUUUAACUGUUUUCAAACCGGAAAAUCUUUUUGGCGGAGAAGACGAUCAUUGUAAAAAAAUAUUUAAAAGUUAUGAUUAAGAAUUUAUAGGAAAAUAUCUCUUUCAAUAAAUAAGAAAUCAAUUUUUCAUAUAACAUACGUAAACUACUUUAAUGAGUUACAGUCAUCUAUAUACUCUUAAAUGAAUAUUUGAUUAAUUGAUAAACUCUCUCCUAGGUCUUCAACAAUAUUACAAGUUAGUACAAACAUUGUUAUCCCAAAUGCAAGAGAGAUUGGCAGAGCUGGCAGAGCUCUUUUAAAAACAUUCAAAAAGAAUAAGGUUGUCAUUAGACCUAUUUGAAUGCUAAUAAAACAGGCAUACAAAACGAAUAUACUUUUACAUUUCAUGGCAAUACCUACAAGAACGGAAUAGAAUACAAAAUCUCCUAACCCUAAUUUUGGUCCUUUUGGUUCUUUUGGAUCGACAGAUCCGGAAGAACGAUAUUCAUCUGCAACUCUACUUGUAGUUGCGAUUGGGCGUUCAAUCCUUUCAGCCAUAAAUAUAGAAGUUGAAUAAAUUAGGGCACUUGCUAAUGGUUUCUCUCUUUCUGUUGCCAUUUUCACCAAAAGAUUGAGAGGACCCUUUGGACAUAGAACAGCUAUAAGAUCCCAAACUAUUAGACCAACAAGAACUAUCCAUGCAGUGUAAAAAGGCAUAAAUUUGACGAACAAAAGUGCUGCUUGAGCAGUUAAUAAUAUAAGGACAGAUUGUUGCAGGAUUUUAGGACUCUUCCAAUGAAUUGAUACUAUAGCAACAACGGUUAAAUUAUACGAUACUAUCGUUGAUGUUACCAUAUCACAAGGGAUAUUAUACUGUUCAAAGAUGGCAAACAGCAUAGCAUUUGAUAAGAAACCAAACAUUAGAGUUAAACCAAACCCCAAAAAAGUCAUUAAACAGCUGCCAUUGUAAAAAAAUGUCGAUCAAAUCUUGUUCUAAAACUAUUAUAAUAUUGGCUUACUUAUAGUAUUCAUAAUAGAAUAGA